GUGUGUAGGUCGAUCCUUCCAUAGAAGAUCAAUAAUGAUGUUCAGUUUUAUUUGGUCUUUGCAAUAAACCUCUGAAAAUCGAAAAUUUGUCCCAGCUACAUCACUUUUUCACCAUCACUGCCAUAACCUCUCCUAUAGCAUCGUAUACACACCCAUCGGGCCAGCUUGUAUUUUACCUCUAAGCUCCCUUCACUGGCAACCUUUCUAGCACAUAUUGUAUUUCUUCAAAAUAUCAAUCUUUCUAUAAGUGGCUAUCCAUUAAGUAUGACCAGCAAUCAAGGAUCUACGUCAGAGCCACCUGUCCUACCCCCGGUACAGGUCCUCUAUGACUCUCAAGGCGAAGGUGGUCCUGGGAGCCGUACUCAGAGCAAUGCUGCUGGACUAGCCAGUCAACUUGGGCUUUCGCAGACCAACUAUCAGACCUACGGUUCUUCGCAUGCCCAUAAAAUCGAACCUCAUCGAUUUUUGACACCAGCAGAAUGGAUCAUUAUUGCCAAAGGAAUCGGCGGUGUUGCCGAUGUUGAGCAAGCAAAGCCUCUUCACCCGACGUGCUAG